AUGAUGGAGUUAAAAACCGCUCAGGUCCAUUCAGCAGACGCCAAUACUACCUCGAACAGUGACCAUGCCCACUCGUCGACCGAGGAUGUUCGGUGCAUCCGCCAGCCAGCUCUGUGGGUGGUCAUUCAAGAAUCCUAUAAAAUCCUGGGCUACUGCCUUGCUCUGACGGCCGGCAUUUUGCUGUAUGGAUACGAUAUGGUCAUUGUGAAUAACGUGUCUUCCAUGCCGCAAUUCCAACGCGACUAUGGUCGGAAACUCAAGGGACAAUUGAUCAUUCCCUCUGUUUGGCUCAGCCUCUGGAGCGUGGCGGGUCCCAUUGGGGGCUUAUUCGGUGCGAUCGCAGGCGGCUUUGUCGGAGACCGUGUCGGGCGGCGCUUGUCGCUUGUCAUUGCGAGCCUCCUCUCAGCGAUAGCCGUCGCCAUACUGUACGUCUCCAAUCUUCCGACCGGCAUCGAUGAACGUAGGGCCGUUUUCCUGGUGGGAAAGUUGGUCCAGGGAUUCGCCGUGUACAUGGUUGUGUGCACGACCGAGACUUACAUGUCGGAAGUCCUACCCACCAUGUUACGAGGCCCGACCCUUGCGCUGUUCCCCAUUUUUACGCUUGUGGGCCAAUUGGUAGGCAGCGCAGUGGUCCGGAAUGCCUUGCACACUCCCGGGCCGAGAGGCUAUCUCAACUGCUUCCUAUCGCAAUGGCCGUUUUCGGCUCUGGCCCUUGUAGUGUCUGUGGCCAUCCCCGAGAGCCCAACAUAUUUGGUCCGGAAGAGCCGACUAGACGCAGCGCUUACAUCACAGCAGCGACUGGACUCAGUCAAGGCGGACUCCCUAGCCAAGAUUCACCACCUGCGCGCAUCCGCGCACCUGGAGAAGCAAGACACCGGAUACCGCGAGUGUUUCGUGGGUGUCAACCGGCGUCGUACCUUCAUCGUCUUGUUAGUGAACAUGAUCCCGAACCAGCUGGGCAUCACAUUCCUGGCCAAAGGCAGUUAUUUCUUGCAAAUCAUCGGCAUGGGGGCGAAUGCAAGCCUCAUGAUGCUGCAGGUCAGUAUUGGGUUAGGGUUGGCUGCCAAUGUUCUCAGCUUCUGGACCUUGUCUCGAUUCGGCCGGGUGACGCUCAUCACUGCAAGCUUGAGCAUAAUAGCCGCUUUGUGGUUGGGAAUGGGAAUCGCUGGCUGUUUUCGUGGAGAAGUCACUAUUUGGUAUUCCGCUGUCACCCUUUGUUUGAUCACCUUCUUCUGUGGAGCUGGUGCAUGGCCAGCAACUUACGCCGUUGGAGCAGAGACAUCCUCUCUUCGCCUUCGCGCCAAGACGCAAGGUCUCGGCUGGUUCACCAACUGUCUAUCAACUGGGGUGGCUGGUUUGGUGCUUCCCUAUAUGUUUAACCCCGACCAGUUAGAUCUGGGCUCGAAAACAGGUUUCAUGUUCUUCGCCUCUAGUUUUGUUGCAUUGGUGACAACAUGGUUUUUUGUGCCUGAGAUGCGAAAUCGCACCCCAAAUGAGAUCGACCGCAUGUUCGAGAGCCAUCUGCCCGCGAGAAAGUUCAAGAAAUGGUUCCCAGAAGUCGCUGAGGUGACAGUCACAUUAGGAGCAUGAGUGCCUGUUCGAAAUUUCCGGACAAGGCUAUCGCUGUUGACUUGAGAUGCUAGUCUCUAUGGCAGAACUCGAAAGAUUUAGUCAGGAUGGUUCAAAAGCAAUCAAUGGCGUUUUCCCCGCGUCUUCAGUGUGGAAACGGUGCCUGUUUAGCCACUAAAACUAUUAGUUUGAUUAUAAAAUAGGCC